UAUUUAGAGGUCGUAUAUAAAUAGCUCCAUCGUCAUCUCGCAAAGCUCCGGCGCCACCAUUAAAAACCGAGUCUCUCUAUCUCUCCCUCUCUGCGAAAUUUCACGGUAGGUUUUCGAAAUGGCGACAGUUCCAGGACAAUUGAUCUGGGAGAUCGUGAAGAACAACAACUGUUUCUUGGUGAAACAGUUCGGUAGAGGAAACUCUAAGGUUCUAUUCAGCAAGGAGACCAACAAUCUCGCCAACGUUCACUCCUACAAGCACUCUGGUCUUGCAAACAAAAAGACUGUGACUAUCCAGGCCGCUGACAAGGAACAAGCUGUUGUGCUUGCCACCACCAAGACCAAGAAGCAGAACAAGCCUAAGGUCUCUGUCAACAAGUCUAUCCUUAAGAAGGAAUUCCCCAGGAUGUCAAAGGCUGUUGCUAACCAGGUGGUUGACAACUACUACAGGCCAGACUUGAAGAAAGCUGCACUUGCUAGACUCAGCGUCAUCAGCAAAGGUCUUAGGGUUGCUAAGUCCGGUGCCAAGCAAAGAAACAGACAAGCUUAAGCUUCUUCUCUCACUAUGUGUUUUUUGGAGUAAAAGAUUUUGUUGAACAGGUUUUAUUUAAGUUAUUCCUUGAAGUUGAACCAUAACGCUAUUCUCCUUUUCCUUAUCCUUAUUCCAAAAGGAGUUAGAAGUUUUUCUUAUUAUGCUUUAUGUUUCUUGUGUGCUUGUGUUACAUUUUGUUCGAUCCGUUUAUCAAAUCAAGAACUAAAUUAAAUCUCGA